UAUGGCGUCAAAGACGGAAGGGUUGAUGCAGACGCUUGCUGCCACACUAGGGUCUACUGAGAGUCCUCUGCGUUUUAUACUCUCGCAAUUGCUCGGUUACCCCCUAGCUGUUCUAUACCGGCGAGUAGUCUACGGCCAAACAGCUACAACACAACACAUAUUCUUCAUCCUCACAGGUCUAUGGAUUGCUUGUUUUAACUUUGGUUUCCAUGCGAUACACACCGUCCUGAAUGUACUUGGAGUUUACAUUAUACUACAGACAUGUGCUGGUACCAGGCUGUCGCUGUGGCUGGCCAUUAUAUUCAACAACGUAUACCUUGUGUUGGGCUAUUACAUACUAGACAACUAUGAAGAUAUUUGCUGGACCACACCCCACUGCGUCUUGACCCUGAAACUGACCGGUCUGGCGUUUGACCUGUAUGACUCGCAGAAGAAGGAGGAGAAGCUGUCAGCAGAACAGAAAGCUACCGUCCUAAAGGAGCCGCCAUCGUUACUGGCUAUGCUGGGUCACGCAUUCUUCUUUGGGGGAUACCUGGCUGGACCUCAGUUUAGUAUGAAGCGUUACCUGUCAUUUACAAGUGGAACUCUCCAAGAAAAGCCCUCGAAGGACCCUCCGGCCAGUGUUAUACCGGGACUUAAGAGACUAGGUCUGGGCAUCGUGUACAUUGCCUCCUACCAUAUAGGAGGACUCGUCUUUUCUACGGAGUCCUACAGAGACGAUUCAUUCCAGGAUUUAAGUUGGGUAUCAAAGUUUUUCUAUAUAACACUGUGGGGUAGAGUUAUCCUCAACAAAUACAUCGGAAGCUGGCUCAUCGCCGAGGGAACGUGUAUAUUGGUGGGCGUGUCCUACAACGGAAAGGACAUCAAUGGUAACAUUGAGUGGAAUGGUGUGUGUAAUGUACAACUCCGGAAGCUGGAGGAAGGUUAUCGACUCCGAGACUAUAUACAGUCCUUCAACUACAACACAAACCAGUGGAUGGCAAAAUAUGUUUUUAAAAGACUACGGUUCCUGGGAAACAAAUUUCUGUCACAGGCCGUCACCCUGUUUUACCUGGCCAUGUGGCAUGGGACGAGAUCAGGAUAUUAUAUGAACUUCGCAUUAGAGUUUAUAAUGAUGAAUUGUGAAAACCAGGUGAUGGCGUUAACACCGAGGAUUCCAGCGCUGGAGAAGUUUAACAGCUCACCUAUAUUACAACCUGUGCUGUAUAUACUCAAAAAGCUCAUCACAACAUUCUGUAUGGGAUAUGCCCUGCUUAGUUUUGUACUUUUAAAUUUCAAUGAUUAUACAAAAGUUUACAGUCAGCUGUAUUUUAUUGGUCAUGUGUUUUUCCUUGGCUGGCCGCUCCUACAUUUCAUUAUAAGAUCAAUGUUUGUCAGAAACAAGUCGUCGUCAAAUGGACAUUUGUCGGAGAAAAAAGAUUCCACUGUGGAAAAGCCUAAGGAGGAAUAGAGACACAGGGAUGGAGAAAUUUUAAGAGUUGACAACUUACAGUAAAGAGUGUCAAUAUAAUGUUAAAUUAUUAUUGUAAAUGCUAUAUUUUAUGUAAAAUUAAAACAGUCUCUCGUAAGGAGAUCAAAUGUAACCAUUUACUGUUGGUAUAUCACAUUGUUGUCGACUCGUCAGAGUCAUUAAGUCAAAUGACUUUUUGGUCAUCUUGGUAUGGUGAGACUCGUAACCUGCUCAAAUCUUGAAAAAUGCACGAAUCACAACUUCUUAUUCAUUUUCUUUGAUCAGAAUUUACAAAAAGUAAAAAUCAAUUUUAGUAAGCUUGAUUAGUCAUCAAAAGCAUAGAGUGUCAUACAAAAAGGAACAUGUUGAUGAUACUGUUGUACUUUGAGGUUGAUAACAAGGUCAUGUUGAUGAUACUGUUGUACUUUGAGGUUGAUAACAAGGUCAUGUUGAUGAUACUGAUGUACUUUGAGGUUGAUAACAAGGUCAUGUUGAUGAUACUGUUGUACUUUGAGGUUGAUAACAAGGUCAUGUUGAUGAUACUGUUGUACUUUGAGGUUGAUAACAAGGUCAUGUUGAUGAUACUGUUGUACUUUGAGGUUGAUAACAAGGUCAUGUUGAUGAUACUGUUGUACUUUGAGGUUGAUAACAAGGUCAUGUUGAUGUGACUGAUGUACUUUGAGGUUGAUAACAAGGUCAUGUUGAUGAUACUGUUGUACUUUGAGGUUGAUAACAAGGUCAUGUUGAUGAUACUGUUGUACUUUGAGGUUGAUAACAAGGUCAUGUUGGUGUGACUGAUGUACUUUGAGGUUGAUAACAAGGUCGUUUUGUUUAUUGACCAAUAUAAAACAUUUUUGACCUUUGAAGGGCUCUGACCUUUAUAUUCCUGCAGGAUAGCUACAGUGUUGUCUGUUGAAGUUUUUGUCUGGCUAUUCAAGACUUUAUCAGACUUUGUAUAAAGUUUAUCAAGUCUCACAAUUUCACCUUGGUGACAUAUUGUAGAUAUGCUUAUUUCAGUAAAUUUCAAAUUUUAAUGUAUAAUCAGACUUCAGAAAAUUGUCCAAUUUUAGUAUGAUAUAAAAAUUUCAGCACAUCAGAUUUUAUCAUAUAAUCAAAUUUCAAGAACAUCAAUGAUUGAUAUAUGUCACAGGAAUUACUCUAUCUCAAAUUUUUAAUUAGCGUAACAUGCUAAAAUUAAUAUGUAAACCGGUAAAAAUGCAAAAAUACAAUACAGUGACUUAUUGAGGAUCAAAGGUCAGGAGAUAGGGUCACUGAUUUAGUACUGAAGAUAUAAUAACUCAUAUUUUAUUUGUAAGGAUCAUUUUACUUAACUGCCAUAUAUACAGAUAUAGAGAAGCUACAGAGAAUAUGGUUGGACUGUUAAUUGUUUAUUUAUCAGAAUGAUAUUAAUGGAUCUCGUUAAUCUAUUAAUCAGGUGAUAAACAGCAUGGAUUGUUCAAAUUUUAAAUAACCUUCAUUUCAAAGUCAGCUCAAGUCUUGAUCUUGAAUACUACUUGGAAGCUCUACCAAUCCAUUAGAGAAAUUCUCCCUAGCCAAGUAGGACGUAGUUAAUAUGUUACCAGGGUAACUCCGACACUCUACUGAUCGAGUUAUAGAGAAAUUCUCCCUAGCCGAGUAGGACGUAGUUAAUAUGUUACCAGGGUAACUCCGACACUCUACUGAUCGAGUUAUAGAGAAAUUCUCCCUAGCCGAGUAGGACGUAGUUAAUAUGUUACCAGGGUAACUCCGACACUCUACUGAUCGAGUUAUAGAGAAAUUCUCCCUAGCCGAGUAGGACGUAGUUAAUAUGUUACCAGGGUAACUCCGACACUCUACUGAUCGAGGUAUAGAGAAAUUCUCCCUAGCCGAGUAGGACGUAGUUAAUAUGUUACCAGGGUAACUCCGACACUCUACUGAUCGAGGUAUAGAGAAAUUCUCCCUAGCCGAGUAGGACGUAGUUAAUAUGUUACCAGGGUAACUCCGACACUCUACUGAUCGAGUUAUAGAGAAAUUCUCCCUAGCCGAGUAGGACGUAGUUAAUAUGUUACCAGGGUAACUCCGACACUCUACUGAUCGAGGUAUAGAGAAAUUCUCCCUAGCCGAGUAGGACGUAGUUAAUAUGUUGCCAGGGUAACUCCGACACUCUACUGAUCGAGUUAUAGAGAAAUUCUCCCUAGCCGAGUAGGACGUAGUUAAUAUGUUGCCAGGGUAACUCCGACACUCUACUGAUCGAGUUAUAGAGAAAUUCUCCCUAGCCGAGUAGGACGUAGUUAAUAUGUUGCCAGGGUAACUCCGACACUCUACUGAUCGAGUUAUAGAGAAAUUCUCCCUAGCCGAGUAGGACGUAGUUAAUAUGUUGCCAGGGUAACUCCGACACUCUACUGAUCGAGUUAUAGAGAAAUUCUCCCUAGCCGAGUAGGACGUAGUUAAUAUGUUGCCAGGGUAACUCCGACACUCUACUGAUCGAGUUAUAGAGAAAUUCUCCCUAGCCGAGUAGGACGUAGUUAAUAUGUUACCAGGGUAACUGGGGACAUUCUACUGAUUGAGUUAUAGAAAAUUUCUCCCUAGCCAAGUGACUGGUACAUUGUUUUUUGUAUUUUUACCAGGGUCAAUUCAAGUGUAAAAUGGACUCUACUCCAUGUGUUUUAUUUUGUAAACAAUAUUUCAUGUUCAGUUCUUGAUAACAGGUGGAUGGCCAAUGUUUUUUUUCUUUGAUUUUUACAAUGUUUGAAAUUAUUCAGAUUUUGUGCCGUGAGAUUUUGAUAAUUUCUUUGUCUGCACUGUUGUAUCAUUGUAGAUAUCAUGUUUUAUUAGUCUGAAUCAAAUCCAUAUUGGACCAAAUUCUUGUAAUUUAUGAGAGAAAUAUAGAUUCUCUAAGAAUUUUUAAUGAAGAAGAGAGCGGCUGUAUUGGUGUGUUUUAUAGAAUUCAGCCUUUAAUGUGUCUAUCUUUCUGUAUAACGGUGCCUUUCUCCUUAUCUGCCAUAUCUGGUGUGAAUUACAAUUUACAUAAUAACUAAAUAGGUUUGAUAAUCACUUAUCUUCCAUUCUCAAUGAAUCAGUCUUUCAAAGCGAAUACUGUUGGGCUCGAGAGUUCCAAAAACAAUUCCAAUGAGUUCAUGUUUUAGUUUGUUGUGUGUGGGUAAUGUUAACCAGAGUCAAUUUUGUCCUUCCAACUGACAUGACAACAAGAGCGUUCCUUUGUGACAUAUUGUACUCUCACUUUAUUUUUAUUGCAGAAACACAGAGUUAUCUCACUUCUAAUUCAUUUAAGCCUUUUUUAACCAAACAAUAUCUAAAAAUAUUUUGACAGGAAAUAUUAUUUUGUUAAUUAAGAUCAUUACACAGUAUAUCUGUCCAUUUAUGAGAUGUGCCAAACUUACAUUUUGGUAUCCUGCAUUUUUAGAACCAAAGCAAAAAAUCCUCAGUCAUGGACCUGAUUAAAAUUCAGAUAGAUGGAAAAGGACAUGCAUUGAGUACCUAGACAGGUAAAUUGGGACAUACAUACCUAGACAGGUAAAAUGGGACGUAUACUGUGACAGGUAAAAUAGGAAGUUUACCUAGACAGGUAAAAUGGAACGUAUACCUAGACAGGUAAAAUGGGACAUUUACCUAGACAGGUAAAAUUGGAUGUAUACCUUGACAGGUAAAAUGGGAUGUAUACCUAGACAGGUAAAAUGGGAAGUAUACAUGGACAGGUAAAAUGGGACGUGUACCUAGACAGGUAAAAUGGGACAUAUACCUAGACAGGUAAAAUGGGACAUAUACAUGGACAGGUAAAAUGGGACGUGUACCUAGACAGGUAAAAUGGGACGUAUACCUGGACAGGUAAAAUUGGAUGUAUACCUGGACAGGUAAAAUGGGACGUAUACCUAGACAGGUAAAAUGGGACGUAUACCUAGAAAGGUUAUAUGGGACGUAUACCUGGACAGGUAAAAUUGGAUGUAUACCUGGACAGGUAAAAUGGGACGUGUACCUAGACAGGUAAAAUGGGACGUAUACCUGGACAGGUAAAAUGGGAUGUAUACCUAGACAGGUAAAAUGGGAUGUAUACCUAGACAGGUAAAAUGGGACGUAUACCUAGACAGGUAAAAUGGGACGUAUACCUUGACAGGUAACAUUGGACAUGUACCUAGACAGGUAAAAUGGGACCUACAAAUGUAAAAUGGGACGUAUACCUGGACAGGUAAAAUGGGACAUAUACCUAGACAGGUAAAAUUGGAUGUAUACCUGGACAGGUAAAAUGGGACGUGUACCUAGACAGGUAAAAUGGGACGUGUACACAAUGUAUCUCACUCUGUGAUGGUCUGGUUACAUAUAAAUGUUUCUGACUAUUAAUUAGUAUUCACAAACAUUCCUCCAAAACUUUGUCCGAAAGACAUAUUCAGGAAAGACUAAGUCAUAUUCACUAUACUGUCAGGAUUGUUCUGGUCUAAUUCAUACAGAUUUUUCCCGAUUAAAUGAAUCCAUCUUUAAUUCAUAAAGAACUUGCCCCAUUGAAUCAAUCCAUCUUACAGAACUUUCCUGAUUAAAUUAAUCUUUUUCUACUUCAUAAAGAACUUUCCCAAUUAAAUGAAUCCAUCUCUAAUUUGUACAGAACUUUCCCAACUAAAUGAAUCCUUUUCUAAUUUGUACAGAACUGUUCCUAUUAUUUUUCUAAUUCAUAAUAACACUUUCCCGAUGAAAUAAAUUGAUCACCAAUUUGUACAGAACUUUUCCUAUUUUAUAAUUAACAAAUUAACAUGUACAUUUACCACUGUGAUUUCUUGCCAUUUAUAUGUGCUGUAUAACAUGAUUGUUAAAAGAUUCUACAUUAUUUCAAGGUGUAAUAGUUGUAUGUUUAUAUUGUACAAAACUCUUGACAGACCGCUUGGUAACUUAUAAUUAUUUCCAUAGUUCAUUUGGUGUUACAUGCAUGGAUCUAGUGUAAAUCUAGACUAAAUACCUUCAUAUAUUAUGUACCUAUUUAUACAGCUUGGUAGACUUGAGCAAUUAGAAUUAAGUGCCUUGCUCAAGACUUUUACAUUACUAACAUCAACGUAGAGGUAAUCAUGGGAUUUAUUGACUGAAAUGUUGACGUCAUUUACAUAGAGACGUGUAGUGAGGGGGUUAUUGACUGAAAUGUUGACAUGUCAUUUACGUAGAGACUUGUAGUGAGAGGGUUAUUGACUGAAAUGUUGAUGUCAUUUACACAGAGACUUGUAGUGAGGAAGUUAUUGACUGAAAUGUUGAUGUCAUUUACGUAGAGACUUGUAGUGAGGGGGUUAUUGACUGAAAUGUUGACAUGUCAUUUACGUAGAGACUUGUAGUGAGAGGGUUAUUGACUGAAAUGUUGAUGUCAUUUACGUAGAGACUUGUAGUGAGAGGGUUAUUGACUGAAAUGUUGAUGUCAUUUACAUAGAGACUUGUAGUGAGGGGGUUAUUGACUGAAAUGUUGACGUGUCAUUUACGUAGAGACUUGUAGUGAGGGGGUUAUUGACUGAAAUGUUGACGUGUCAUUUACGUAGAGACUUGUAGUGAGAGGGUUAUUGACUGAAAUGUUGACGUGUCAUUUAUGUAGAGACUUGUAGUGAGGGGGUUAUUGACUGAAAUGUUGACGUGUCAUUUAUGUAGAGACUUGUAGUGAGGGAUUUAUUGACUGAAAUGUUGACGUGUCAUUUAUGUAGAGACUGUAGUGAGGGGUUAUUGACUGAAAUGUUGACAUGUUAUUUAUGUAGAGACUUGUAGUGAGGGGGUUAUUGACUGAAAUGUUGACGUGUCAUUUACGUAGAGACUUGUAGUGAGGGAUUUAUUGACUGAAAUGUUGACGUGUCAUUUAUGUAGACUUGUAGUGAGAGGGUUAUUGACUGAAAUGUUGACAUGUCAUUUACGUAGAGACUUGUAGUGAGAGGGUUAUUGACUGAAAUGUUGACGUGUCAUUUAUGUAGAGACUUGUAGUGAGGGGGUUAUUGACUGAAAUGUUGACAUGUCAUUUACGUAGAGACUUGUAGUGAGGGGGUUAUUGAGUUAUUUACGUAGAGACUUGUAGUGAGGGGGUUAUUGACUGAAAUGUUGACAU